AUGACUCAAGUCGAGGCAAACGGCACCGGCCGCGUCGUGCCUCAGUCCAACGGCAAAGCCUCGUACGCCGAGAAGCACAACAUCGCCGACCACUUCAUCGGUGGCAACAAGCUUGCCAAUGCGCCCGCAUCCAAGGUCAAGGAUUUCGUGGCCGAGAACGACGGUCACACCGUCAUCACAAAUGUCCUGAUCGCCAACAACGGUAUUGCCGCCGUCAAGGAGAUUCGCUCCGUGCGAAAAUGGGCGUACGAGACAUUUGGCGACGAGCGCGCCAUCCAGUUCACCGUCAUGGCCACGCCCGAAGAUUUGGCAGCCAACGCUGACUACAUCCGCAUGGCUGACCACUACGUCGAGGUUCCCGGCGGCACAAACAACCACAACUACGCAAACGUCGAAUUGAUUGUCGAUGUCGCAGAGCGGAUGGACGUCCACGCCGUGUGGGCGGGAUGGGGCCACGCUUCCGAGAACCCCAAGCUCCCCGAAUCCCUCGCCGCCUCGCCAAAGAAGAUUGUCUUCAUUGGUCCUCCCGGGUCUGCCAUGCGAUCUCUCGGAGACAAGAUUUCUUCCACAAUCGUCGCGCAGCACGCGGCCGUGCCUUGCAUUCCCUGGUCAGGAACUGGCGUCGACAGCGUCGAGGUCGACAGCCAUGGCAUCGUCACUGUUGCCGAUGACGUCUAUGCGCAAGGCUGCGUCACCUCCUGGCAGGAGGGCCUCGAGAAGGCCAAGGCCAUUGGCUUCCCCGUCAUGGUCAAGGCCUCCGAGGGCGGCGGUGGCAAGGGCAUCCGCAAGGUCGUUUCCGAGGACGGCUUCGAGGAGCUCUACAAGGCGGCAGCCAGCGAAAUCCCCGGCUCUCCCAUCUUCAUCAUGAAGCUCGCCGGCAACGCGAGGCAUCUGGAGGUGCAGCUGCUGGCUGAUCAGUACGGCAACAACAUCUCCCUGUUCGGCAGAGAUUGUUCCGUGCAGCGUCGUCACCAGAAGAUUAUCGAGGAGGCCCCCGUCACCAUUGCCAAGGACGCGACGUUCAAGGCCAUGGAGGACGCUGCUGUGCGUCUUGGCAGGCUCGUCGGUUACGUGUCUGCUGGUACCGUCGAGUACCUCUACUCACACUCGGACGACAAGUUCUACUUCCUGGAACUGAACCCGCGUCUUCAGGUCGAGCAUCCCACCACCGAGAUGGUCAGCGGUGUCAACCUGCCCGCCGCCCAGCUGCAGGUCGCCAUGGGCAUUCCCCUGCACAGGAUCCGCGACAUUCGUCUGCUGUACGGCGUCGACCCGAAGACGUCGACCGAAAUCGACUUUGAGUUCAAGGACCCCGGAAGCGAGAAGACCCAGAGGAGGCCCCGUCCCAAGGGCCACACCACGGCCUGCCGUAUCACCUCGGAGGACCCCGGUGAGGGCUUCAAGCCUUCCAACGGUGUGAUGCACGACCUGAACUUCAGGAGUAGCUCCAAUGUCUGGGGUUACUUCUCCGUCAGUUCCGCCUCCAGUAUCCACAGCUUCUCCGAUUCACAGUUCGGUCACAUCUUCGCGUACGGCGAGAACCGUUCCGCGUCGAGGAAACACAUGGUCAUUGCCCUGAAGGAGCUCAGCAUUCGCGGUGACUUCAGGACAACCGUCGAGUACCUUAUCAAGCUGCUCGAGACGGAGGCCUUUGAGGACAACACCAUCACCACCGGCUGGCUCGACGAGCUCAUCACCAAGAAGCUGACUGCUGAGCGCCCUGACCCCAUGCUGGCCGUCGUCUGCGGUGCUGUCACCAAGGCGCACAUUGCCAGUGAAGACUGCAUCUCGGAGUACCGCAAGAGUCUGGACAAGGGUCAAGUGCCCUCCAAGGACAUCCUGAAGACGGUCUUCGCUGUGGACUUUAUCUACGAGGGCUUCCGCUACAAGUUCACUGCCACGCGUGCCAGUGUCGACGCCUACCACGUUUUCAUCAACGGGUCCAAGUGCGCCGUUGGUGUCCGCGUUCUCAGUGACGGUGGCCUCCUGAUCCUGCUCAGCGGACGCAGCCACAGCGUCUACUGGAAGGAGGAGGUUGGCGCUACGCGACUGUCCGUCGACGGCAAGACGUGCCUGCUCGAGCAGGAGAACGACCCCACGCAGCUCCGCACGCCCAGCCCUGGUAAGCUUGUGAAGUACCUCGUCGACAACGGUUCGCACGUCAAGGCCGGCCAAAGCUUCGCCGAGGUUGAGGUUAUGAAGAUGUACAUGCCCCUCAUCGCCUCCGAAGACGGUGUUGUUCAGCUCAUCAAGCAGCCCGGAGCUACGCUUGAGGCUGGUGACAUUCUCGGCAUACUCGCCCUCGACGACCCCAGCAGGGUCAAGCAGGCUCAGCCGUUCCUCGGCCAGCUGCCCAGCUACGGUGACCCCGUCGCUGUUGGCAACAAGCCCGCUCAGCGGUUCUCGGUCCUCUACAACAUUCUGAAGAACAUCCUCCUCGGCUACGACAACUCGGUCAUCAUGGCAGCCACCCUGAAGGAGCUCGUUGAGGUCCUUCGCAACCCUGAGCUGCCCUACAGCGAGUGGAACGCCCAGUUUGCCGCUCUGCACUCUCGCAUGCCUCAGAAGCUGGAUGCUCAGUUUGGUCAGAUUGUCGAGCGCGCCAAGUCGCGCCACGUCGAGUUCCCGGCCAAGGCGCUGGCCAAGGCUUUUCAGAAGUUCCUCGACGAGAACGUCGCUGCCGGCGACGUCGAUCUUCUCAAGUCCACUCUGGCACCGCUCAGCGAGGUGCUCAGCGCCUACAGUGAGGGUCAGAAGGCGCAUGAGCUGAAUGUCGUCAGGAGCUUGCUUGAGCAGUACGCCGAGACUGAGCAGCUCUUCACUGGUCAGGGUUCUCAGGAGGACAGCACCAUUCUCAAGCUCCGUGACCAGAACAAGGAUGACAUCUCCAAGGUUGUCCAGACUGUCCUGUCUCACAGCCGUGUCAGCGCCAAGAGCUCGCUCAUUCUCGCCAUCCUUGAGGAGUACCGCCCCAACAAGCCCAACGUCGGCAACAUUGGCAAGCAUCUCCGCGAUGCCCUGCGUACCCUGACCGAGCUCCAGUCCUCGCGUGCCACCUCCAAGGUUUCCCUCAAGGCUCGCGAGAUUAUGAUCCAGUGCUCUCUUCCUUCCCUGGAGGAGCGCACCUCGCAGAUGGAGCACAUUCUCAAGUCUUCUGUUGUCGAGUCUCGCUAUGGCGAGGCUGCCUGGGAGCACCGUGAGCCCAAUCUUGACGUCAUCAAGGAGGUUGUUGACUCCAAGUACACCGUGUUUGACGUUCUCACCCUCUUCUUCUCGCACGAAGACCCCUUCGUGUCGAUCGCCGCCCUCGAGGUCUACGUCCGCCGCGCCUACAGGGCCUACAUUAUCAAGAAGAUCGAGUACCACGAGGAUGAGACGGAGACGCCUCUCUUCGUGUCCUGGGACUUCACGAUCAGGAAGAUGGGUCAGAGCGAGUACGGCCUUCCUCUGCAGUCCGCUGCCCCGUCCACCCCUGCCACUCCCAGCGGUCAGUUCGACUUCAAGCGCAUCUCUUCCAUCAGCGACCUUUCGUACUUCAACUCCAAGAUGGACGAGGAGCCCAACCGCAAGGGUGUCAUUGUGCCCUGCAAGUACCUCGAGGACGCCGAGGACCUCAUCGCUCGCGCUCUCGAGGCUCUCGGCGAGAAAAAGAAGGCCGCCCCCGCCCCCGCCCCCAGCCUGCUGCCUGACCUGACCGGCAAGCGCAAGAUUGUGGGCGCCAGCAAGCCUCACGAGCAGGAGCUCUCUGCCGUCAUCAACGUUGCUGUCCGUGAUGCCGAGAGCAAGAAUGACCAGGAGAUCCUUGCCCGCAUCAAGCCCAUCAUCGCUCAGCUCAAGGGUGACCUCCUUGCCCGCCGUGUGCGUCGCAUCAGUUUCAUCUGCGGCCGCAACGACGGCUCAUACCCCGGUUACUACACCUUCCGGGGUCCCGGCUACGAGGAGGACGACAGUAUUCGCCACAGCGAGCCUGCUCUGGCUUUCCAGCUGGAGCUGGGACGUCUUGCCAAGUUCAACAUCAAGCCCGUCUUCACUGAGAACAAGAACAUCCACGUUUACGAGGGUAUUGGCAAGGCCGUCGAGACCGAUAAGCGUUACUUCACUCGCGCUGUCAUCCGUCCGGGCCGUCUCCGUGACGAGAUCCCCACCACUGAGUACCUCAUUUCCGAGGCUGACCGUGUUGUGAACGACAUCUUUGACGCUCUCGAGAUUAUUGGCAACAACAACUCUGAUCUGAACCACAUCUUCAUCAACUUCACACCCGUCUUCCAGCUUGAGCCUUCCGAGGUUGAGAGCAGCCUGCAGGGCUUCCUCGACCGCUUCGGUCCCCGCGCGUGGCGUCUCCGUGUCUCCCAGGUCGAGAUUCGCAUCAUCUGUACCGAUCCUCAGAGCGGCGUUCCCUACCCCCUUCGCGUCAUCAUCAACAACACCUCGGGAUACGUUGUCGAUGUCGACAUCUACUCGGAGCGCAAGUCUGACAAGGGCGAGUGGGUAUUCCACAGCAUUGGCGGCACCCACGAGAAGGGCCCCAUGCAUCUGCUCGCCGUCACGACGCCAUACGCGACCAAGAACUGGCUGCAGCCCAAGCGUUACAAGGCCCACCUCAUGGGAACUCAGUACGUCUACGAUUUCCCCGAGCUCUUCCGCCAGGCCAUCCAGAACAGCUGGGUUACGAGCGUCAAGAAGAACGGUGCUCUUGCUUCGCAGCAGCCCAAGGCCGGUGAUUGCGUCUCGUUCACCGAGCUCGUUCUCGACGACAAGAACAACCUGGACGAGGUCAGCCGUGAGCCCGGCACCAAUGCGUGCGGCAUGGUCGGCUGGAUCUUCAACGCCAAGACCCCCGAGUACCCCAAGGGUCGCAAGUUCAUCGUUGUCGCCAACGACAUCACGUACCGCAUCGGCUCCUUCGGCCCCAAGGAAGACAACUUCUUCAACAAGUGCACGGAGCUCGCGCGCAAGCUUGGCAUUCCCCGCAUCUACUUGUCCGCCAACUCGGGUGCCCGUCUCGGCGUUGCCGACGAGCUGAUCCCCCACUUCAAGGUUGCGUGGAACGACCCUGCCAAGCAGGACGGUGGCUUCAAGUACCUGUACCUCGAUGACGAAAGCAAGAAGGAGUUUGAGCAGGCUGUGAUCACCGAGGAGGUCACGGAGGAGGGCGAGAAGCGCCACAAGAUCGUCACCAUCAUUGGUACGGCCGACGGUCUCGGUGUCGAGUCGCUGCGUGGCUCUGGUCUCAUUGCCGGCGCCACCAGCCGUGCUUACAACGACAUUUUCACCGUGACCCUGGUGACGUGCCGUUCCGUCGGUAUCGGUGCCUACCUCGUCCGUCUCGGUCAGCGUGCCGUCCAGAUUGAGGGCCAGCCCAUCAUUCUGACCGGUGCCCCUGCCCUGAACAACGUCCUGGGUCGUGAGAUCUACACAUCCAACCUCCAGCUUGGUGGCACCCAGAUCAUGUACCGCAACGGUGUCUCGCACAUGACUGCCAACGACGAUUUCGCCGGUGUUUCCAAGAUUGUCGAGUGGAUGUCGUUCGUGCCCAAGGAGCGUGGCAGCCCCAUCCCCAUCAGCCCCAGCAUUGACACCUGGGACCGUGACGUCGUCUACACGCCCCAGCAGAAGGGUGCGUUUGACGUUCGCUGGAUGAUUGGCGGCCGACAGAGAGACGACGGCGACUUCGAGGCCGGCCUGUUCGACAAGGACUCGUUCAUCGAGACCCUCGGCGGCUGGGCCCGUACCGUUGUUGUCGGUCGCGCUCGUCUCGGUGGCAUCCCCAUGGGUGUCAUUGCUGUUGAGUCCCGUUCGAUCGAGAACAUCACGCCGGCCGACCCUGCCAACCCCGACUCGAUCGAGCAGGUCACCAACGAAGCUGGCGGUGUUUGGUACCCCAACUCGGCGUUCAAGACUGCUCAGGCGAUCAACGACUUCAACAACGGUGAGCAGCUGCCGCUGAUGAUCCUCGCCAACUGGCGUGGUUUCUCUGGUGGUCAGCGCGACAUGUACAACGAGGUCCUCAAGUAUGGUUCGUUCAUCGUCGACGCUCUCGUCAAGUAUGAGCAGCCCAUCUUCGUGUACAUCCCGCCCUUUGGCGAGCUGCGUGGUGGUUCUUGGGUCGUUGUCGACCCGACCAUCAACCCUACCGUCAUGGAGAUGUACGCCGACGUUGAGGCCCGCGGUGGUGUCCUCGAGCCCGAGGGUAUCAUUGGCAUCAAGUACAAGAAGGACAAGCAGCUGCAGACUAUGGAGCGUCUCGACCCCGAGUACGCCGCCCUCAAGAAGCAGAGCGAGGCCUCGGGCCUGUCCAAGGAGCAGGUCGACGCGAUCAAGCAGAAGAUGACCAUUCGCGAGAGGCAGCUUCUGCCUGUGUACUCGCAGAUUGCGGUGCAGUUUGCUGACCUGCACGACCGCGCGGGCCGCAUGAAGGCCAAGGGUGUCAUUCGUGACUCUCUCGAGUGGCCCAACGCGCGUCGCUUCUUCUACUGGCGCCUGCGCAGGAGAUUGAACGAGGAGUACAUGCUGAAGCGCAUGGCCACCAACGUGCUGUCUAGCCCCUUCAGCGGCGAGCAGCGCGGCGGCGCCGAGGAGACGCGCCAGCGCAACCUGUCGCUCCUCGAGUCGUGGUCCGGCGUCAUCAACUUUGGCACGGCCGAUCGCGAGGCGUCCGAGUGGUACGAAGCCAACCGCAAGACCAUUACGGAUCGCAUCGAGUCGCUCAAGACGGAGAGCUUCGCCAACGAGCUGACGGCCCUGUUGCGCGCCAACAAGUCGAUCGGCAUGAAGGGUGUCAGGGAUGCUCUGCGCGUGAUGCCCCCUGAGGAGAGGGACAGCAUCCUGAAGUACCUGCGCGAGUAAGAAGGUGUUGGGUAUGUGUGUACGAGUGAGAGAUGGGGUUGGUGACUAUUUAUGAUGCAUCUUCUUAUCGUUGCUAGACUAGGAUCGGGCUGGGAUGCAGCAGGUGUUUGUUUGUAUGGCUAUUUAUGAAUUCCAUCUUUGUUCUGACA